GUGAAAACAACCAGACUGUGACUGUGUGUGUGUGUGUGUGUGUGUGUGUGUGUGUGUGUGUGUGUGUGUGUGUGUGUGUGUGUGUGUGUGUUCAGGUGUGCAGCACCUGGUGGAGCAGAAGAAAGAGCGAGUCAUGGUCGUCCUCUCCACAGUGAGCGAGGCCAGAGCCAACAUGGACGCCAUGACACACCUGAUACAGGUGAGUGACAGUGACCUCUGACCUUUGACUGACGGACCCUGAACCCUGAGACUGUUGAGGAAGUUUAAAUCGAACAUUUUCUUACCUGACAGUCGGAUGAUCAAAGGUUCAAUCAGCUGAUAUUCUGUGGGCGGAGCUUGACUCAGCCUGAGCACGGCUGUAAGACGGGUCCACCUGUUAGAACCAGGACAGAGCGAUGAAGAUGAUGAUGAUGAUGAUGAUGAUUAAAAGGAGGUCUUAUUGAUUAUUCACCUCCAUCUGCAGGGCUGGGCGGGGCUUCACCUGCUGCAGUGCCACUCAGGUGACUCAGUGCUGGAGGGCGGAGCUAACGAGCAGAGUCGCAGACGGCUGAGAGAGGACGGACAACAGCUGCUCAACAUGAUACAGGUAACCUCAGGUAACCUCUGAGGGGAGGGGCAUAGAGACUGAUGUCACCUGCUGUGACCUUUGACCUCAGGUGAACAGGAGCCUGUACAGAGCCGAGGAGUCCUCUGAGUCCUGGACCAGAUACCUGGACCACAUCCAAGACCAAGUCCAGGAGGGUCUACUCCAGAUGAUGUUCACAACGCUGCAACAGCUGUGUGACCGCACAGACUCACAGGUACACACUCAGGUACACACUCAGGUUUACACACACAGGUUUACACACACACACACACACACAGGUACACACUCAGGUACACACUCAGGUUUACACACAGGUACACAUUCAGGUACACAUUCAGGUACACACUCAGCUACACACUCAGGUACACACUCAGGUACACACACAGGUACACACUCAGGUACACACUCAGGUACACACACAGGUACACACACAGCUACACACUCAGGUACACACUCAGGUACACACACAGGUACACACACAGGUACACACUCAGGUACACACACAGGUACACACUCAGGUACACACUCAGGUUUACACACACACACAGGUUUACACACACACACAGGUACACACUCAGGUACACACAAAGGUACACACUCAGAUACACACUCAGGUACACACUCAGGUUUACACACAGGUACACACUCAGGUACACACACUCAGGUACACACUCAGGUUUACACACAGGUACACACUCAGGUACACACACAGGUACACACACACACACACACACACAGGUACACACUCAGGUACACACACCUGUCUGAGUGUAUGGACACACAGGUACACGUAUUUGUCUUGAUUUGGCUGUAUAUGACUGUGUGUAUUUGUGUGUGUGUGUGUGUGUGUGUGUGUGUGUGUAUUCACAGAGCGGCGCGGGGGUGCUGUUGGCGGUCUCUCUGACGCUGCAGGAAACAGACGGCGUGUUUGAGCCGUCACUGGGCGGCGACCUCUCUGACCACCUAAACAGCGUCAUCACUGAUGCGUACGCCGCAGCAGGCGAGCUACCCAGGAUCUCUGUGAGUCGCCACGGCAACUACCAGGUGACUUUGACAUCACUGUAACCUUGACCAAUCACAGGCUGUGUUUCAGAGCGUGCUCAUCACACCUGUCUGUGUCCAGGUGUGUCUGCAGCAGCAUCCUGCCCUCUGUCAGCUGGAACAGGAAGUGAUGCAACACCUGACGCAGGUGAAGAAGGAGGCGGAGCAUCUGAGGGCGGGGCUGAACAGGUAUUCACACCUGUGGGAGAGUGACAAGAUGACGGCCAUGGAAGAGUUCCUGACGUACGGCCGACAGCUGGGACCGGAGGAGCUGGAGGCCGACGUGACUCCGCCCACUAUCAAGGACUACAGGAGAGAGGUGAGACACACCUGUGACCCCCGUCACCUGGUGGUGGGGUAAAACAGACGUCCAGGUACGACUCUUGUGGGCGGGGUCACUGCAGCAGACGCUCACCUGUCCAGGUGUGUGUGUGUGUGUGUGUGUGUUUCAGAUGGAGGUGCUCCACACACUCAGCACUGAGGUCACACACCUGGAUGAUGUCAUCACUCUGAACAGCUGGCUGCAGGUUGACCUCCGACCUUUCAGAGAGUCUCUGCUGUCAAUCAUCUACGACUGGAAACACCUGUACACGGAGCAGCUGCUGACCUCCUUAACGGACAGGUGUGUGUGUGUGUGUGUGUGUGUGUGUGUACCUGGCUCCUGAGCAGGUGUGAAGAAGCCAGACUGAUGACAUCAUUUCACUCAUGUAUGUAUGUGUGUGUGCAGUCUGCAGCAGGUACGUCACCGUGGUAACGACGAUGAUGAUGAGGAGGCGGCGGCGGCGGUCUCGUCUCCUCUCAGGUUUCCUCUGACAGAGACGGUGGUCCUGCUGGAAUCUGCUGGAGUGACGUUACCUGAACACCUGUCAGCUCAGCUUCAGGAAGUGAUGUCACUGUGACAUCACUGCUCACCUGCAGACUGGGGUUUCACCUGUUCAGGUGUUUCAUCAAAGUCACUGUGAUUUCUUGUUUUCAUAGUUAAAUGGAUUCAAACGAGUUGACCAAUCAGAAGCUGAGGAUUAAAUCACCUGCAGCUGUACCCGUCACACUCACCUGGUUACCUGUCUGCAGAGACGUGGUGCGUUCAGGUGUUUCCUGUAAAUCUGUGUGUUUGUGUUUCAGUGGAUCUGUUUACCUGUCCACAGAGGUCAGGUGACUGCAGGCGAUUCCUGACCAAUCAGAGCUCAGAAUGACUCAGCUCUCACCUGAGGUUCAAUAAACGACUAAAUGUUAAAAAGGGGGACGAGUCUGUGUGAGGGGACAUUUAUACACACACACACACACACACACACACACACACACAGUUACAAACACACACACACACACACACACACUCUGACUUCACACCAAAAACACUUCUUUAUCCUCCUAAAACUUUGAAGCUCCGCCCAGCUCUGACCUCUGACCUCUGACCUGGUCUGAGAUCUGAGGCCCAAUCCCAAACCGCCCCCUACACACUCGCCCCCCUGGAGGCUCG